UAAUGUUUUUAUUUUUAAUUAAGAGCUGCUCUACAGUUAUCGCUGUAAAAAGCAAUCACCAUCAAGUGAUCCUUUAGUUUUUCUGGCAAUGCAGUGCUGUGAACUAAUGACAUUGGCCGAUCUAGCCAGCGUUGCAGGCAACAAGAACUGAACUCCUGGACUCAUUGCCAGAUCACCUGAACACACACUUAUCAAACUGUUUAGAGGGUGUGCUAUCUGAGUAGCUGCCAUGUGCACCACACUGCACGAUUGAAAACACCACAAACAGUCAAGGAGACAGUUCAAAAAUAAUACUACAGGAAAAGAAUCGAUGAAAUGAAUUUGAAGCUACUCUCUCCAGUACCAACAAGAGUAAAGAUGUAUCUGGUGGGGCUGACGGGAGGAAUAGCCUCGGGGAAGAGCACCGUCUCUGCCAUGCUGAGAGAGCUGGGCUGCCCCAUCAUCGAUGCGGACCUCAUCGCCAGACAAGUUGUGCAGCCUCACUGCCCCGCGUACCGGCUCAUUGUGAAGCACUUCGGCCGGGACAUCCUGCUGGAGAGCGGGGAGAUCGAUCGGGAGAAGCUGGGGGCCAUCAUCUUCACAAACCCAGAGAAGAACCGGCUGCUCAACACCAUCACCCACCCAGAGAUCCAGAGAGCCAUGAUCAAGCAGGUCCUGCACCACUUCCUGCUGGGACACCGCUAUGUGAUUCUGGACGUGCCGCUGCUGUUUGAAACUAGGAGACUGACUCGCUUCCUCAAGCACACUGUGGUGGUGUACUGUGACCCUGACACCCAGCUCUCCAGGCUGAUGGCAAGGGACAGCCGCUCCCAGGACCAGGCCAUGCUGCGCAUCGCAGCUCAGCUACCGCUGGGAGAGAAGGUGGCACUAGCCAACCAUGUGAUCGACAACUCGGGCAGCCAGGAGGAAACCUACAAGCAGGUCCUGAAACUGCACAGGCGGCUGGAGGACUCCUUGGACUUCCUGUUGGUUCGGGCCCUCGUCAUUGCCAUGGCAACAGGGAUUGGCGGGCUCAUCUUUUUGAUGGUGAAGCCCAUGAUAUUUUAGCUCGCCCCCUGUUGGUUUGAAAUGCAAACUGUCACCUUUAGUUCUUUCAGGAUUAGACUCCUCUAUGCUGUUCUCAGUUUGCAGCAGUGUUUGUGAUAAAUCCAUUAUCCACAUUCUCACUCAGACUUGUACAAAAAGAAUCAGGGAGAGACCAUGACGUGAUACAUUGGGUCGCCUUUGGUUAAUGCCAAAUUUAAAGGACUAAAUUACUACAAAAUAAGAUGCAAACUACCUGAAAGAGCUUAAGAGACCUUACAUUAUUUAAAUUGGGCAAACUGUUCUGCAUUUAAUAAAAAUUAAUGACUUCCAUAAAUGCUUUGAAAAUAAGCUCCAUUAUGAUGUUAUACAUAACCAAAAUGACCACUAUAUGCAUGGAAAACCGGAAAAUUACCAUGCAAAUACACCAUGCUUGUAUUAGGGUUAAUCUAUUGUUUCUUUUUCAGCACCGGGGGAAUUCACUUGGAUUGCAUGAUGAUAGGUGAUUGAUGAAUCCUGGGAGGUUCCCCGGUGCUGUAAAAUGCUCUAACAAAGCAGUGGUUUAUCUCAGGGUACUCUAGCAGAGCAAGAAACUUUUUUUACACACCAGUGGCUGAAAAGUCUCUCCUGCAGCAGGGAUACCUUGGAAGUACAUCUAUGUGCAAAUACAUGUUUUGUAAACCACAUUUGUAUCUCUAUACUGUACAUAAGUUGAGAAGAGCUUCUUGAAUUUCCUCAGGAAUUGCGGUUUAUUGAGGAUAUCAGAAACACAAUCUGGGUUUUGGUUUCCUACUCACCUCUGAACAAGUAAAAGCUGCUAAUCUUCAGAGCCGCUUGCCCAGAUAUGGCGAAACUGUACAGACGUUUGUAAAGCCAAGGCCCACAGUUUGUACUGUGAUUGAACCCAGGCCACAUUGCUCAACUGGGCUAUUCAAAGCUAUAUCUUGGGAAUCACUUGUGCAUUUUAGGUGAAACUGUGUCCUGUCAUGUCUUGUGAGAUGUAAUGAUAAUGGAGACCAAGGUCUUGGUAUUAUAUGCUUGUCACCCCCA